GUCGAAGGGCCCGGAAGUCAUAACAAGAUAAAAGAAAAAAGAGGCCAAAAGGGAGUAUUUCCGAUGGUGCUGAAGUCCGGAGAAGUGUCAUCAGCUGCGAGGAUAAAAAAAGCAUUGAGAAUCGAGGUUAGAAUAGAAGAGAUAAAAAUGAAUGGCUCGGGGAGCGGACGUAUUUGGCGGGAAAUUAUGCAGACUUAGUCUUUAAGGAGUUCCGUACGUAAUCGGAGUCGUGAGAGGGUGCGAGCGAGCUGAAAAAAAUUAAAAAAUAAAAAAUAAAAAAUAAAAAAAAAAAAUAAAAUUAACCCGGAUGAAAAAAAUGUUGGAAAAUUAUCGUGCGAGUGGUGGCGGUGGCCGAAACUCGUCAUUGCGAAGCAACGAGGCAGCGUUUCCGGAGGAGCCGCCCGGGGUGUUGAACGAGACAGAAAAAACGGUGUUUCCAAGGGCUGGCGAAGCUUACAACAUUUCGACGAGUUAUUUUCGUGCGGCGAGUGAAAAUCGUGAUGAGUAUGUUUGGCACGAGUUGGCUAGCAAUUCGUCAAAUGAUCCGGUCCCGACGACGAACGCCGGUUCGUCCUCGUCCCCGAGCUUGGUCGCCGCCUCGUCCAAUGACAAUUACACCUCGAGCAACGACCUCUUCGUCUUCGACAUUGACGACUAUUUGAGCAGGCUUAAUUUAAGCGCGUUUGCUAAUCUCACUAAUUAUUACGAGAAUUCAUCGAGCCCCCUUAACUCGACCAACUCCACGUGCAAUUCCAUCCUCCAAGGUGACCUCUUGCUUCAAAAUUCGAUUGGCCAGUGCAACGUAACCCUCGACGAGGAGAAGACCGAGGCCGACAAUUGGUGGGCUCUCAUUCUCAUCGUCGUACCGUGCUUAACACUCUUCGGUAACGUCCUCGUUAUCCUCGCCGUCGUGCGCGAACGAACGCUACAAACUGUCACGAAUUACUUCAUCGUCAGCCUAGCACUUGCUGAUCUACUUGUUGCUGUCCUAGUCAUGCCCUUUGCCGUUUACGUCCUGGUGAAUGGGUCUUGGAGCCUGCCAGGCUUUGUCUGCGACUUCUACAUCGCGAUGGACGUGACUUGCAGCACAAGUUCGAUCUUUAAUCUCGUCGCAAUAUCGAUAGACAGAUACAUCGCUGUUACGCAACCGAUAAAAUACGCAAAGCACAAGAACAACAGACGAGUAUGGCUGACGAUAUUACUCGUUUGGGCAAUAUCAGCUGCGAUCGGUAGCCCGAUCGUUCUCGGUCUCAACAAUACACCCGAUCGGAUACCCGAUCUCUGCCUCUUCUACAAUACUGAUUUUAUAAUAUACUCGAGCUUAUCCAGCUUUUACAUUCCGUGUAUCAUCAUGGUUUUCCUCUACUGGAGCAUAUUUAAGGCUUUGCGUAACCGAGCGAGAAAACAACGAGCGAGCCGGAAGCCAAAUCUCGGUGACAUUAAGCCCGGCAGUAUUAUCGAAAAUAUUGCCCACACGCGUAGUGGUUAUUCUGUGGCAAGGUUCGCGGAAACCGCUCUCGGGGCGGCGGCCUUGGUGGCCUCCGGAGUCGAGGAACCGACCAACACAGCAUCCGGUAGCAACGAGGACGAGGACGAAACACCCAUGGAUCCUGCUGUCGUGAUAUCCAACGACAAGAGCACCGAAUUCUUCCUCGCUACUGUCGUCGAAGAAGCGGCGGCAGUAGCGCAAGCUCAAAUGGGGAGCCCAAAUCCACGUAAAGAUUCGGGCUACGACGGUGCAGCAAGCAGCACGUUAUUGCACGAGACAAUGGAGAGAAACUCGAGUCCAAAUCCCCGGGUUAUCUCCGCAGCAUCUUCCUCGACUUCUUCGUCACCACCGCCAUCCGUGUCCCGUGGAGCAGCCCCGAGCAUAAGUUCCCAGAUUACGACGAAGAAGAACGGUAAUGGUCCGAGUAAGCAAGAGCUCAAGAGGCUCAAAAGCGCAACCGCACUUUUGCCACUUCAGUUAGCUCGCAGUCCCAGCGUUCUUACUGUCACCGGAUCUUGCAAAAACAAAGACAAAAAGAACGCCUCCGCUGGCUCCCGAUUCACCAUAUACAAGGCCAACAAGGCUAGCAAAAAAAAGAGGGAAAAAAGCUCAGCGAAGAAGGAACGAAAAGCUACGAAAACACUCGCUAUAGUUUUGGGUGUUUUUCUUAUCUGUUGGGUACCAUUUUUUACGUGCAACGUGAUGGACGCUCUGUGCGUGAAGCUGGAGAGCGAUUGCCAGCCAGGAGUGACAGCGUUUAUCGUGACGUCUUGGCUGGGCUACAUGAAUAGUUUCGUGAAUCCGGUAAUUUACACGGUCUUCAAUCCGGAGUUUCGAAAAGCUUUUCGGAAGCUCAUAAGCAUUUGAAUGGGAAGAAAACGCUUAAAAAGUACGAUGACAUUUUUCCAAUUGGUUUUCUACUGAUUUUCAUUUUUUCUUUUUUUUGCUACUUCGAAUUCAUGAAAUAAAAUCGGAAAUAAUAGCAACUUGCCGUGGCAGUAUUAAACGUAUUGACGUAGCAAUAUUUUUUUCUUUUCUCCUCAAUGCAAAUGGAUAGAUAAAGAAAAUAUAGAAAAUACGUUCGCUUACCUGAAAACCACCGGAGAGCUGGGGACGCAGAAUCCUAAAGUGUACGUUCGUUAUGGAUUUUCUUGCCAAGUCGAAAACUUCUUGAUCCCCCAUUCACUUACAUUUUCAAUUUUUCAUUUUCAUCAAGCAAGUUCGAUCGAAUUUAAAAAAUCUUUAACUUUCCCAUUUCAGGCCAUUUUUUCAGAACUCGAUUU